CUCUGGACUCACUGAGGUCGUCCUGUUCCGUCUCUUCUGAUGAUGCUGCCGCUUUGUGUUUUGCUACUGGCGCUCCCUUUCAAAGGGAAUGGCGCACGAUGUCCUGCGCCCCUCCUCCCUCCCGCGCCUGUCCUGACGAACCACGUUUGUGGGACCGUAUAUAAGGACCUAACGGUUCGAUCGGCAGGCAUAACGCAGCUUGCUCUCAUCGCAAGACAACCACGAGCAGCAUGAAGUCCACGGCUCUCUUCUGCGGUCUCUUGCUAGUCAACGCCGUUAAAGCCGGCUUCCUGGGCGGAGGUGGAGGCGGUGGUCUUGGAGGUGGCGGAUACGGCGGUGGUGGAUACGGCGGCGGUGGCUACGGCGGUGGAGGCCUUGGUGGUGGAUUCGGAGGUGGCCACCACGGAGGUGGUGGCUACGGAGGUGGCGGCUACGGAGGCGGCGGCUAUGGAGGCGGCGGCUACGGAGGUGGUGGCUACGGCGGCGGAGGCCUUGGCGGCGGAGUCGGCCACACGUCCACGUAUCUUGUGCGCACCGUGAGCAGAACGCACGGUGGAGGCGGCUACGGCGGAGGCCUCGGCGGCGGAUACGGUGGCGGCCUCGGAGGCUACGGAGGCGGCGGCUACGGGGGCGGUGGCUACGGCGGCGGAGGCUACAGCGGCGGAGGCUACAGCGGCGGGGGCUACAGCGGCGGCGGAUAUGGCGGGUACAGUGGCGGCGGACUUGGUGGAUACGGAGGCGGUGGCUACAGUGGCGGAUCUGGUGGUGCUGCCAAGGUGAUCAUCAUCAAGGGAGGAGGAGGAGGCGGUGGUCUCGGCGGUGGAUAUGGUGGAUACGGCGGACUGGGAGGUAUCGGAGGAGCCAGCUAUGGCGGUGGUGGAUACGGCGGUGGCGGAUACGGCGGCGGUGGUUACGGUGGCGGCGGUCACCAUGGCGGCUGGAACUAAGCGAAUUCAAGUGCAGUUGAUUACUUGACAGCCAUUCCGGCCAUAACGUUCGCCACGUGGUAGUGGUAACAGAGGCCACCCAAUGAAGAUGGAGCAGACCAGACCUCGCCGAAGCUUCCAACGUGGAUUGGUCAUCGUGUUGUUGUUUUCGUUGUUGUUCGUUAUUGUUGAUUCAUCAUGUCAACAGACUGAGUUCCACCACAUGAAACCUGCAGCUUGCCUUGCGUGAAAAAUAUAGCAGGAGGUGAUUCGGGCUUACUUGUCAAACGCGAAGAUUUUUUUAGCCUACUCCGCUUAUUUCUUUCAUGGCUUGUACAGAGAAGUGUGGAUUUAUUAUGAGUUGAAUAAAAUAUUUAAAAA